UAUAAAUAUGUAAGCCAAGUAUCUGGUGGACCUCCUUUGGAGGUAGUUCAGCAGACAACAUUUUCCUGCUUGGGUGACGGCUGACCUAGAACCUCUGUAGUGUGAGUUCUUCUGGAUAAAAACAAACAUAUCAACGUUCCCACAUAAGGAGGAUGUCUAUACUACCCAUUUUUCCCUUUACAUCCAUUGUGUCGCUUUGCAUUCUAAGUAUGACCUUAGUGACAUCUGGCUUUCCUCAGCCUCCACUACCCCUCAGUUCUGAGGAUUCAAAUGAAACUAAGGCGACUAAAGACGACUGGGAUGUCCUCUUCCCCUCCAUCUCUCUCCGUGACUGGAGCAUUCAAAUGAUGACAGCACCCAGCCUUGGAGCCACAGCCAACAAGGCAAAGCUGAUGACAGAGGCAUGGCUUUUUGCCCCAGAGAGACCUGAGGCAAGGUAUUGCAAAUGUAUAGCUGAUAAUGUUGAACAGGCCUGGCCUGCUGAAUGGUUGUCACUGGGACCUGGGAUGGCGAAAAGAAACAUGGUGGUAGCUGAUGAUGCAGCCUUCAGAGAGAAAAGUAAGCUCCUCACCUCCAUGGAAAGACAGAAGUGGCUCAACUCCUACAUGCAGAAACUACUGGUGGUUAAUUCUUCAUGAUGAUUUACAUUUUAAAAUAAUUUUACUAGAGAAUCACUCCCUAAACUUAACACUAGCAGAAAUAUACAGAUUCAACAACCCUCUAGUCAGUAUGUAGUAUGAAGCCUAGACCCAGGAUUUUCUAUUCUUUGUUGUGGUGUUUUGUCAGUCCUGUUCCAACUGUAAGUUUAUUGAUGUUCUAUUCUAUAGUUAAAUAAUCAACUGAAAAUGUUGUUGUUUGUUUAAAGAUACACAUAAUAAUAGUAAAAAAAAGACUUAAUGUCAAAGUUUCUGUAUUGGACUAAAUUAGACUGCAAGUGUACUUAAUAAAGUAGCCAGUGAAAGUACAAACA